GUCGGCGCUAUGUAUGUCAGGCAUUUAGACAGCACCUGUACAUUGAAUGCCAAGGAAAUCGAAACUCUCGAUAGUCCAGCACUAGACCGUAUGCAUAGAUUUAUUCGACUUUGGAAGGCCUUGACCGGGGACGCUCAAAGCGGAUGGACUAUCAGCAGCCUUGAUAGAGUUAUCGCGUCCCCAGUUCUCGGCGCUAUGAAGCUCAACACGGACUGCGUAUCGACUGUCACCGCUGUUGCCCGUGCCGCGAAGCUACUCAGCAGUCAAAUUACAACCACCCUCGAGGACGUAAUUGACCUCUUCGCUAUGCUACGUAUUUUACCUCCAAGCGAUGCCUUGACACAAUUCGGUACUACUUACACGAGUUUAUUCCUUAAUGCCACAGCACAUGGCCCAGUUGACCCGUUGUUUGAACUUCGAACUAUUGGCCUAAACGACUCGACGACACCUCCUGCCGCACCCCCGAAACUCUCUGACUCCGUAGAUUACAUAGCUCGGUGCCUUGGCAUCGGAUCUUCCGAUGCUACGAAUAUCAUUCAAUCGAUAGCGACGCAACCGGCAAAUUCCAUCUUAACUAUUGCGAACCUGUCGAAAGUCUAUGCAGUGGUUUCGCUUUCCCGCCGUCUAGGGCUGUCAGUAUCGGACUACUUCCUGUUCACGCAGUUGAGCAGUCUCACGCCGCUUCAAGAUCUUGGUCACCUCGAGAGCUUCACCGAAGUAGUAGCAAAACUGCAAGCACAAAACCUAUCAGCCCCAAAUAUCCAAUUUAUCACACAACCACCGACAACCCCACCCUCUUCUGCAGAUAUCACCACCACGCAGAUUAUUGAAAUCCUCAUCAACCUCCAGGGCCAGUACUUUACGAUCCAGGGAGCUAACCAAUCUCCAUACGAUGCCACGUUGACGGCAACCGAGAAUGAGACUGCCGCAUUAUCUUUGAUCUCGCAGAUCCAAGGAGUGAGUCAAACCGACUUGUCUCUCUUCCGACAAAUGCUCGACAGCGGUUUAAAUGCAUCAGACGGUGAAGCGCUGAUUAACAACAAACUUGCUUCUAUUGGCACAGUUGCGUGUGCAACUAUUGCGACAGCCCAGUCUCAGUUUGCCGCUUCUCCAGGCGAUACAAGUCUGCAAAAUAUGCUGGUGCAGGUUGUUGCUGAUACGCUGAGCGCAUAUUUUGCCCAACUGCAACGAGAGACCGCCCUCGAGGGUGUUCUCUCUGACGCGUUCAAUUUCGAUACGGAUGUCACGGCAGCUUUGCUCCAAGGAGUUCCCUCGCUGCAAUCGCUUUUGGAUGAAAAGCUAGCUGCAGGAACCAUUACAGAUACCAACUUUCCCCAGCAGUUUCAGGCCAUACUGCUGAUAUUCAGACUAUCCUUCCUUCUUCCUAAUUUUGGCCUUUCCACAACAAACCUUUCUUGGUUACUACAGAAUGCUGGCUCUUUGGGAUGGGCAACCCUGUCCUCGUUGCCUACAUUGAGCACCAGGCCGCCUAUCAGCUGGGACUCGUGGUUAGCUCUAAUAGAUUACAUCGCGGUUGUCAACGCCGCAGAAUUCCCCGACGUGCAGAAUUCCGCGGAUAAAAACUCGCCGUUCACUUUGAACGGCUUUUUGAGCCUUGUACUUGCCACCGAACCACAAGGGCCGGACCCCACCCCUCUAGUACCAUACUUCUGCAGCCUCACGGCAAACGAUCCAACGAUCAUAUCGGCGCUCGUUACAAGCUUUGGAUACAAGAAUCCCAGUUUCAAGCGCGCGGAUACCUUGCGGAAACUCGACAGCGCGGCAAAUAUCAUUCGGAAGUUGAAUAUGCCACCUGCGAAUGCUAUUUUUCUGGCAGAAGCACAGACACCGAGCCUCGAUGAUACUGCCGCUGCACGCAACGCCUUGAAGUUGCGCUACUUGGUGAACUCGGACUGGCUCGAUGUUCUGAAAACGAUUCAGGACCCGUUGCGUCUUCAAAAGCGCGAUGCCCUUAUCGAUUACCUGCUCGCGUACAACAAGCCGAACCUAACUUCUGCUACAGACUUGUCCGAGAUCCUCCUAAUAGACGUCGAGAUGAGCACCGAGACUCUAACAUCUCGUAUCAUUCAAGCACACCAGUCGGUGCAGCAGUUUGCUCAGCGCCUGUUGAUGGGCUUGGAACCCACACCGCUUGUCGACGAUCCAACUUGGUCACACUGGGCUGAAAUGUCUCAAUACCGUCUCUGGGAGGCAAACAAGAAAGUGUUCCUCUAUCCCGAAACAUGGAUCGAGCCGGAGUUGCGUGAUAAUAAAUCAGAGCUGUACGUCCAACUUGAAGAAGAGUUGAAGAAGCAGCCAAUUACAACCACAACUUCGGAGCUGGCUGUCGCUGGGUAUCUGAGUGGUUUGGAUAGCAUCGCCGAACUUGAGGUUAUGAGUUGCUUCUACGACGUUCCAUCCAGCACACUCCAUGUUUUCGCAAGAACGAAAGGAGGGAACCCAAGGGUGUACUAUCACCGGACCCUGGUCCUCGAAGCAGUCUGGAGCCCAUGGGAGAAGCUAGAUGGCGUGGAGAUAACCGGCAACCAUCUCCUCAGCUUCUUGCGCAGCAACCGAUUAACAGUGAUGUGGCCCGUCUUCACAUACGAACAAAACCCGAACCAAGUAAACCAACCACCACCAUAUCCGGACCCAAACAACCUCACAAACUCAGACGGCAGCCAAAAGAGCGCCGAUCCGAUCGAGCAGCGGCUCAAAGUCCAGCUGGCGGUCAGCGAGCAGAACCCCGACACGGGCAAAUGGUCGGCACGGGUGGUGGGCGAGGACGGCGUCUAUUGGCCACAAAAUAAUUCGUACAGUCCCGCAACUGACUUUUCGGAUUCGCUCGAAGACUCGAUCGGCCUGUUCUACUGGGAUUUUGGCGGGAAUUUAGGACAGGCGAUCAUGGUGUGCGAAAAUGUCUCUACGCAAGUAGGUCGCAUCGCCGUUAAUGUGUUUGGGGCCUUCAAUAUGACUGGCUGUAAGGGCUACCCCGUCCCAUUUUCUUCGACAAAGAGAGAACUGGCUUAUUAUUUCUACACGCUCCCUGCGUUCCGAAAUACCGAUUACGUGACGGAACGGUUCGUGAAAAGCCAGGACCUCGCGACGAAUUCCCCUUCUGACCUGGCGAUCAUGACGGUUCUCAGCGGGAGCGAGUAUGACAUAUUACUAGGGAAGGAGUAUGGACAAUUUGUGGUCACGUAUCCUACUCAGCCGACGAUUAUCGACCGCGCGUUCGUGGCUUGGGAAAUGUAUGCGCUGGGUUUGUCUGCAUCGGGGAGUAAGACGACUGAAAUGAUGGUGAGCGAGGGAUAUCGCAGACUUAUUGUGCCGCAGGGGAUAUUCCUGCCGUACUUUGUGAGCGACUCGUCCACACGUGAAUAUGUAAUUACGCCUGGCUACGAGAGCUCCAACACAGACGACACGAAUUUCAGGACGGCGUCGGCUACGCUCAAUUUCUUCAACAGAGUGGUGGUGCUGGUGCUGAAGUAUAUCGAUGUGUACUUCAACAAAAUAAACAAGAAUAUAACGGAGCUGCGCAAGUUGGUCAAUGAGGAUGAUGAAUACAAAACCCUCAAGAAGGAACUGUUGUCCGUUUACGUCGAUGCGACAAAUAUCCGGGGACCUAAGCUCCGUCAACUGAAGGUAGAUAUGGCUAGCUUUUAUCACCCGCUGGUAUGCUUUCUUCGCUCACAGCUGUACUCGAGCGGCCUCCCUGGGCUCCUGGCACGAACGACACAACUGCAAGUCACUAACUUCGACUUUAACACUGUAUAUCAGCCGACAGCUAUUGUCAGACAGCCGUACCCUCGCGAGGAGCUCGACUUUUCCCUCAGCGGGCCGUAUGCCGGGUACAACUGGGAGUUAUUCUUCCACCUCCCAUUCCAGAUCGCCUCAAGCCUGAGCGACGACCAGCAGUUCGACAAGGCGCAGGACUGGUAUCAUUACAUCUUCAACCCCGAGGGCGCGGAUCUGGAAGACCCAGACACAGGACCAGACCGAGCCACUGCACCCCAGAAGAAAUACUGGCAAACGCAACCGUUCUUCAGAACCCAGGUCAAGGAUUACAUCAGCGAGAGGAUCGAUAGUAUACUGGGAGCUGUCGCCGCGGACCCAAAUGGAUUCUCGCUCGCCAACGACUUGAAGACCCAAGUUCGGCUUUGGAGGACCAACCCCUAUUCACCUCACGUUAUUGCGCGGACCCGACCAGUCGCGUACCAAAUGUGUAUUUUCAUGAAGUAUGUCCAGAACCUGCUUGGCUGGGGCGAUAACCUGUUCGCACAGUUGACCAGGGAGACGAUCACCCAGGCGUCGACGCUGUAUAUGGUUGCAGAUAAACUGCUAGGAUCGAAGCCACAAACCGUCCAACCUGCCGUCCCAGUUCCAGUGCGGACUUACAACGAACUUGGUAGCAGCAUUGAUAUUCUGGGCAACGCCCUGCUCGGAAUUGAGAACCUAAUUCCCGAUCUUGGCUCCCUUCCCCAUGGCGGUAAAGAGCUCCCUCAGCCCCCAGCACCACCCCUCACGUCUCUCUACUUCGGCAUCCCGCCAAAUGACAACAUGUUGCAGCUCUGGGACCUGGUAGCCGACCGACUUUACAAGAUCCGCCAUAGCCAGGACAUCAACGGAAACUUCAUCCAACUCGCCCUGACAUCACCCCCCAUCGACCCCGGCGCCUUGAUCAAAGCCCUUGCCUCUGGCGCUUCCCUAUCUGAUAUUAUCGGUGGACUGAACGCGCCUCUGCCACACUACCGGUUCGGCUACGUGCUUGAACGAGCGCAAGCCCUCGUACAGCAUGUUGUAGAGCUCGGCCAGCAGCUGUUGGCCGUGCUUGAGAAGCGCGAUGCUGAAGGCCUGGCGCGUCUCCGUGCCCAGAGCGAACUCACUGUCCUCGCGUCCGUCCGGGGCGUGAAACUUGCAGCCAUUGCACAGAACGCACUUGCGAUCAAGGCGCUGCAGGCAGGAAAGGCGGUUGCUCAGGAGCGGCAGGCGUACUACGCUGGGCUGCUCACCGUGCCCAUCAACCCCGAGGAGCAGCUGAGCUUGUCCAAGAACGCGGACGCGAUUGUCGUCGAUGGGGUGAUGGCGCUGGGCCACGUUGCCGCUGCCGAGGCCAACUUGGUUCCCUCGUUCAGUGUCGGGGUGGAAGGCUUUGGCGGAUCCCCAUCAGCGACUGUUUCCUUUGGCGGGAGUAACGUCGCUGGUUCCAUCUCCAGUUUGAUGGCUGCUGCUGCUUCUGCUCGUAGCAUCCUCGCAACGGAGGCGGGGCUUUAUUCAACAAAGGCCAGUUACACUCGGCGUACUGCAGAAUGGCAGUUCCAGAUGGCCCUCGCCCAGGGAGAUAUGGCCCAUAUCGACGCCGAAAUCGCAGCGGCAAACGGAACAGGAGCAACUCUGCAAGCUGAACUUGUGGCCCACGACACCACGGCCACGGAAUCAGCAUCUGCCGCCGCCUAUCUGAAAAACAAAUUCACCAACACAGAACUGUACGACUGGGCCGUACGGCGAGUCUCAGGCGUGUACUACCAAGCCUUCCAGCUAGCAUUCAGCAUGGCCAAGAAAGCCGAACGCUGCAUGGCCUUCGAGCUCGGCGACUUCUCCGCUUCGUCAGCCUUCAUACAGUACGGCUACUGGGACAACCUGCGGAGCGGCCUCCUCGCCGGAGGAGACCUCCAACUCGCUCUCGACCGCCUAGGUACCGCCUACAUAGACCGGCACAUGCGCGAGCUCGAACUCACCAAGUCCAUCUCCCUCGCGCAGCUCGACCCCACCGCCCUGCUCAACCUCCGCACAGCAGGUACCUGCAUGUUCUCGCUCCCAGAAACGCUCUUCGACCUCGACUUCCCAGGCCACUACUUCCGCCGCACCAAAAACAUCGCCCUCUCCAUCCCCUGCGUCGUCGGCCCCUACACCUCCGUCUCCGCCACCCUCCGCCUGCUCUCGAGCCGCUACCGCGCUGCGACUGCGAAUGCGACUGCAUCCGGCUAUCCAGAGGCGGCAGGCGGCAACGACCCGCGCUUUAUCUACAACGUCGUCCCGCCACCGACAAUGGCCGCGACGUCUAGCGCUGUCAACGAUGCCGGCGUCUUCGAGCUGCGGAGCGACGAUCCGCGGUAUCUGCCGUUCGAGCACGCGGGGGUUUUGGGCACGUAUUCCUUGUCCCUCUCGCCAACGCAGCAGUUCCCGUAUGCGGCUGUGGCGGAUGCGAUACUGACUAUCUCGUACACGGCGCGCGAUGGCGGGAGUGCGCUUCAAGGGGCGGCGAAGACGGCGCCGACGGCGGGGGUCGCGGCUAUUGGGUUGAGGACGGCGUUUCCGGUUGAGUGGAACGCGUUGAAGGCGGGGAGGGCGGUGGAGCCGAUAUUAGCUGGGGCAGCGCAGCUACCGUAUUGGGCGACGGCGCAGGGGAGGGGCGUGGAUGUGGGGGUUACGGUUUGGUGUGCUGUGCCUGCUAGUGGGCAGGAUUUGGAUGGAGUCGUGCUUGUGGUUGCGGGGCAGGCGCUGGCGUUGACGAAGGAUUCAGAUGGAGUGUUUUGGAAGGCGACGCUACCGGCUAAGGCGGUGGUGUUUGGGAAGAGCGUGAGUGUUGCGUGGAAAGUUGCGGAUGAUCGGGCGAAGGUUGAUGAGAUUAUUUGUGUGGUUGAUUUUGGGGUUAAGUCGUCUUAAAGAAAUGCAACUGCGCUGAGAGUUUCUGCUCUUUCUACUUCGGCCCUACGAACUCCAAUGCCUUCAUAAAGAUUUGGGACUCUCCCCUUCGAAUCCAC